AGUUUUUCAACCCAGCCUUGUCACCCGACCUUGUCACCCGACCUUGUCACCCGGCUUUGUCACCCGACCUUGUCACCCAGCUUUGUCACCCGGCUUUGUCACCCGGCUUUGUCACCCGACCUUGUCACCCGACCUUGUCACCCGGCUUUGUCACCCGACCUUGUCACCCAGCUUUGUCACCCGGCUUUGUCACCCGGCUUUGUCACCCGACCUUGUCACCGGCUUUGUCACACGGCUUUGUCACCCGACCUUGUCACCCGACCUUGUCACCCGGCUUUGUCACCCGACCUUGUCACCCGGCUUUGUCACCCGACCUUGUCACCCGGCUUUGUCACCCGACCUUGUCACCCGACCUUGUCACCCGACCUUGUCACCCGGCUUUGUCACCCGACCUUGUCACCCGGCUUUGUCACCCGACCUUGUCACCCGGCUUUGUCACCCGACCUUGUCACCCGACCUUGUCACCCGACCUUGUCACCCAGCUUUGUCACCCGACCUUGUCACCGGCUUUGUCACCCGGCUUUGUCACCCGACCUUGUCACCCGACCUUGUCACCCGACCUUGUCACCCGGCUUUGUCACCCGACCUUGUCACCGGCUUUGUCACACGGCUUUGUCACCCGACCUUGUCACCGGCUUUGUCACCCGACCUUGUCACCCGGCUUUGUCACCCGGCUUUGUCACCCGACCUUGUCACCGGCUUUGUCACCCGACCUUGUCACCGGCUUUGUCACCCGACCUUGUCACCGGCUUUGUCACCCGACCUUGUCACCGGCUUUGUCACCCGACCUUGUCACCCGGCUUUGUCACCCGACCUUGUCACCGGCUAUGUCACCCGACCUUGUCACCGGCUUUGUCACCCGACCUUGUCACCGGCUUUGUCACCCGACCUUGUCACCCAGCUUUGUCACCCGGCUUUGUCACCCGGCUUUGUCACCCGGCCUUGUCACCCGACCUUGUCACCCGGCCUUGUCACCCGGCUUUGUCACCCGGCUUUGUCACCCGGCUUUGUCACCCAGCUUUGUCACCCAGCUUUGUCACCCAGCUUUGUCACCCGACCUUGUCACCGGCUUUGUCACCCGACCUUGUCACCCGGCUUUGUCACCCGACCUUGUCACCGGCUUUGUCACCCGGCUUUGUCACCCGGCUUUGUCACCCGGCUUUGUCACCCGGCUUUGUCACCCGACCUUGUCACCCAGCUUUGUCACCCGACCUUGUCACCGGCUUUGUCACCCGGCUUUGUCACCCGACCUUGUCACCCAGCUUUGUCACCCGACCUUGUCACCCGGCUUUGUCACCCGACCUUGUCACCCGGCUUUGUCACCCGACCUUGUCACCCGGCUUUGUCACCCGACCUUGUCACCCGACCUUGUCACCCGGCUUUGUCACCCGACCUUGUCACCCGCUUUGUCACCCGACCUUGUCACCGACCUUGUCACCCGGCUUUGUCACCCGGCUUUGUCACCCGACCUUGUCACCCGGCUUGUCACCCGACCUUGUCACCCGGCUUUGUCACCCGACCUUGUCACCCGACCUUGUCACCCGACCUUGUCACCGGCUUUGUCACCCGACCUUGUCACCCGGCCUUGUCACCGGCUUUGUCACCCGACCUUGUCACCCGGCCUUGUCACCGGCUUUGUCACCCGACCUUGUCACCCGGCUUGUCACACGGCUUUGUCACCCGACCUUGUCACCCGGCCUUGUCACCCGGCUUUGUCACUCGGCUUUGUCACCCGACCUUGUCACCCGGAAUUGUCACCCGGAAUUGUCACCCGGCUUUGUCACUCGGCUUUGUCACCCGACCUUGUCACCCGGCCUUGUCACCCGGCUUUGUCACCCGACCUUGUCACCCGGCUUUGUCACCCGACCUUGUCACCCGACCUUGUCACCCGGCUUUGUCACCCGACCUUGUCACCGGCUUUGUCACCCGGUUUUGUCACCCGGUCUUGUCACCGGGCCUUGUCACCCAGCCUUGUCACCCGACCUUGUCACCCAGCCUUGUCACCCGACCUUGUCACCCGGCCUUGUCACCCAGCCUUGUCACCCGACCUUGUCACCCAGCCUUGUCACGCAGCCUUGUCACCCGACCUUGUCACCCGACCUUGUCACCCAGCUUUGUCACCCGACCUUGUCACCCGACCUUGUCAACCGGCCUUGACACUAACUAUAAAUUAG